AUGAUGGUGUUCCGCAUCGGCAUCCCCGACCUGCACCAGACGAAGUGCCUGCGCUUCGACCCCGGCGCGGCCGUGUGGGCGGCCAAGCAGCAGCUGCUGUGCGCGCUGACCGAGGGGCUCCACGACGGCCUCAACUACGGCCUGUUCCAGCCCGCCGCCGCCGGCCGCGACGCCAAGUUCCUGGACGAGGAGCGCCCGCUGCGCGACUACCCCCAGAGCUUCGACCAGGGCGUGCCCUACCUCGAGUUCCGGUACAAGACCCGGGUGUACAAACAAACGAACCUGGACGAGAAACAACUGGCCAAGCUCCACACCAAGACGGGGCUGCGGAAGUUUCUGGAUUACGUCCAGCACGGCUCGGCCGAGAAGGUGGCGCGGCUGCUGGAGCGGGGGCUGGACCCCAACUACCACGACUCGGACUCGGGGGAGACGCCGCUGACGCUGGCGGCGCAGCGCGAGGGCCCAGGCGAGGUGGAGAUCAUCCGCCUGCUCUGCCUGGGCGGCGCCCACCUGGACUUCCGCGCCCGCGACGGAGCCACGGCGCUGCACCGGGCGGUGUGCACGCGGCGCUACCCCGCCCUGCUGGCGCUGCUGGACCUGGGCGGGUCCCCGAACUACAAGGACCGGCGGGGCCUGCGCCGCUUGUACCACACGGCCAUGGUGGGGGGGGACCCGCGGUGCUGCGAGCUGCUGCUCUACAACCGCGCGCACAUCGGCACGGCCGACGAGAACGGCUGGCAGGAGAUACACCAGGCGUGCCAGCACGGCCACUCGCAGCACUUGGAGCAUUUGCUGUUCUAUGGCGCCGAGGCGGCCGCGCAGAACGCGUCCGGCAACACCGCGCUGCACAUCUGCGCGCUCUACAACAAGGAGAGCUGCGCCCGGAUCCUCCUGUACCGCGGGGCCAACAAGGAGGUGAAGAACAACAGCGGGCAGACGCCGUUCCAGGUGGCCGUCAUCGCCGGGAACUUCGAGCUGGGGGAGCUCAUCAAGAACCACCGGGACAGCGACGUGGUCCCGUUCCAGGAGAGCCCGCAGUUCGCCGGCCGCCGCCGGGAGCCGCUCCGCGCUCCGCUGCUGCCCCCGCAGCGCCUCCUGCGGGCCAACAGCGACACUGCAGGGGGGGCGCUGCCCGACUGGGUGCUCAGGGCGCCCCCCGGGGCCCCCCCGGGCCCGCGGCCGCCCUCGGGCACCCUGCGCAGCUCCAGCUCCCCCCGCGGCGCCCGGGCUCGGUCUCCGUCCCGCGGGAGGCACCCGGAGGAGGCGCGGAGGCAGCCCCGGGGCAGGCCCAGCUCCAGCGGGCUGAGCCGCGAGCCCGGCCCGGGGGGGACCCCGGGGGGCACUCUGGGCUCCCGGGGGGUGAAGAGGAAACUUUACUCGGCCGUGCCCGGGAGGACGUUCCUGGCCGUGCGGGCGUACCAGGCGCAGGGCGAGGGCGAGCUCAGCCUCAGCAAGGGGGAGCGCAUCAAGG